UGUACUAAAGGAAGUAUACCAGGCCUUCAAUCCUAAAGCAGUGGUUUUACAGCUGGGAGCAGAUACCAUCGCUGGAGAUCCAAUGUGCUCCUUUAACAUGACACCAGUGGGGAUCGGCAAGUGUCUGAAGUAUGUCCUUCAGUGGCAAUUGGCCACUCUGAUUUUAGGAGGAGGAGGCUAUAACCUUGCCAACACUGCUCGUUGCUGGACAUACUUGACCGGGGUCAUCCUAGGGAAAACACUAUCCUCUGAGAUCCCAGAUCAUGAGUUUUUCACAGCAUAUGGUCCUGAUUAUGUGCUGGAAAUCACGCCAAGCUGCCGGCCAGACCGCAAUGAGCCCCACCGAAUCCAGCAAAUCCUCAACUACAUCAAAGGGAAUCUGAAGCAUGUGGUCUAGUUGACAAAAAGAGACCAGCUUUGCAGCGCUGGGAAGCAGUGCCUAUAAUGAAGACAGUGUGUUGAUGCAAGCAGUUUGUGGAAUUUGUGACUGCAGGGGAAAUUUGGAAGAAAUUACUUCCUGAAAAAUUCCAAGGGGCACCAAGUGGCAGCUGGCCUCCUGGGGUGAGGAGGCAGGCACCCCAGAGCCAGGCCUAGGGGGAAGAGCAUCAUAUCCAGCAUUUAAAGUGUUUAUUUUAACACACACACACACACACACACACACACACACACACACACAAAUUCAGCUUUCAAUCUUUCAAAAUAUUUUAAGCAAGUUGGGGAGGGGGUUAUUUUUAUCUUCUUAAUGGGGAUAAGUCACAAGCUGCAGGAAAGUGGGAUUGGGUGGGGGUAACAGGUUUGGGCCCCAGGGCCAUCUAGGUAGAGCCCUGUGGGGGAGGGCUGUCAGCAGACUGGGAGGGAGACCCGAGUUUACCACUUUGGUUUUAAUGUUCUUCACCCAUGUUGUUUUUAAUAAAAUCUUCAAAAACCUA